GCAAAAACGGGCAAACCAAUCAGAAUUUAAACUACGAAAAGAGAUAUUUACAAAAUAUUAAGGCUUUUGGGAGACUGGAUCUUUCCCCUUUUGGUAUAAAUGGGAAAGCUACACAAAAAGCCACAGAAUAUUGAAAAUAAAGCGGCUGUUAAAGAACGAUUGACAGAACCAAUUUAACAUGGAACGUAACAAACUAUAUACUCUGCUACUUUUGGUGCAGUCAAAAUAAAACACAAAAUGCAGUUUUUUUUAUGCUGGUAUACAUAGAACCGCGGGCUUUAAAUUUUUUUGCACUUUAAGCUUUCACUAUUUUCAUCACUUUAAAAUUAACAAACAUUGGGAGCUACUCUCUUGAAUCAUAGGAAUCCAUUUUUACCAAUAAUAAUUCAAAUCACUCAAAUGGCUCAAAGCUCCAAUUCGCCGGAUAAAUCAAGCCAAGAGAGAGACUUACGAGUGUGUCCUUCCACUAUACGCACGAUAAUCAAGCAGCCUUGAAUGUCCUUGAGAGAGGUUUCAAAGUUGGCGUUGAAAAUUUGAAACAAAAGAGAAUUGCAUCAAUGAUAAAACAAAAUUGCUGUAACCAAGCGACGACAAUGUUUUACCCUGCGUGAAAGAAAGUCAAUUUGCCCUGAGAUAUCAGAACGCAUAUUUAAUCGCGCUCGACCGUAUUUGAUUGUAACACUAAAAUAUUCUAACUGCCGUGCACCACGAUGGAGACGUCCAUGUCAACCACAGCCGAAGACGUGAACCCACCACUUUCGUCUGAAUCAACUCAAAUUGAAUUGCCCCAACGAUUGGAUCAGAUACCCUUGCCGCCGGGACAAAGACCAACGGAGCUGCACCAGACGUCCAGCAUGCGAGUAAGACGGCACAUUCGUCAACAGCCCUAUCAUUUGCAGAGACACUUGGAGCAGCCUGGAUCAGGUAGAGGUCGCCACAUUGAUAUUUUACAGCAGGAGCUUCGCUCCUUAAGUAUAGCUUCCACACCCAUUCAAUCCCAAACUUAUGGAAUACGUUCCGCUGUUACAACAACCUGGACAAACCGUUAUUACUUGCCUCGACAGCAGUUGCGUGGAUUACAGCCGCCUAUCUUUAGAAACACUGUACCGCACCAAUUGAACGGUUAUUCAAAUCCUCCUCCUGCUCACCGCGCUUCUUCCCAAAGCCAAACCACCUUAGCGGCACAGUUAUGGGGCGCUCCUUUAAUUUCCAAUGCUCCCUACGCAAACUCUCCCGGUGCUGGUAAUACGGGUGCUUCGCCCGAUAGACAUUUGGGUAUCCACCCCUCUUUGGCACCACACCUUCAAUAUCCAUUGCUUAAUUACCCACCUGAUAGACUAAUGUCUGCUAGCAUGCUUGAAGGAACAAACAACGUUAACUUUUAUUGGCAAUGUCGUACUGCUAUUCAGAAUGGUGAGCAUUCGCGACAAAUUGCUGGCCAGCCAGAGGUCCAAUUGGCAAUUGGAUCUACGUCUGAAUCUUCCGCUAGUCAUGUGCCACGACUGGCCGAUAAUCUACUUAUGUCAAUGAAGGAACAUCCUAUGAUGUGGCAAGGUCACCUUACUAUGAAGAAUGAACCAGCCGAAGUGCAGAUUUAUUUUGUAUCAGGUAAUGAAGAGGUGGCAAAGCGAAGUUUAUUAAAAAAUGAAGAUGGUAGCACAACUCCACUCAAGAUAAUUAACCGAAUGCGACUUGAUGCGGUGCAGAGCGAAGGAUUGCACGAUAAGAUGCAGAUUGCCAGCGAUCACUGUGUGCUUGUCGCGUUGCCGUACGGUAGCGACUACCUAGACGUGUUGAGACAAGCUUCUACGCUGACUAACAGCUUCGUAAAUUAUUUCAAGGAAAAGCAUGCGGCCGGAAUUCUGAAGGUACCGGCACCUGGUACUACCCAACCGCCUGCAUACUUUGUGCAUUUUUUACCAUCGUGCGAUUUUGUCAAUGAAAACCUCACACGCAUUGCGCCCAACUUACUAAGACGGCUUACGGACAUCCCAUACCUGCUGGUUGUGAUUGUAACUGUGUAAAACAGCGUUUCUGACUCCAAGCCAUCAUUCAAGUUAUUUGUGUACUCCGAAUGGACUGCUCCGUUUAAGAAGUAUAUACGGUCCAAACCUUGGAUUUCAAACCUUAAUUCCAGACUAUUGAAAAUGAUAAGUUAAACGAUCGGUGAAUGAUGGGAAAUUGCUAAUUGUACUGAUUUUUUUUACGGCGUUCUGUUAACAAAAAGGGUUAAACGUAACAUAUAAUUACCAUUUGUCUACGUUGCCCUGAAAAACGGUACCUGAAACUACCUCCCACCUGCGUAAUAGUUAGAGGGAAAGGAUGAGACCUGGAAAUCAUAUGCUGAGUUAAGUGAAAUGUGCACAAGACCGGAUAUAACAACGCUGGGGUCUAGAAUUUUUAACGUACCGUAAGAUAGAAUUGUAAGAGAAAACAAUCACUGGCCAAAAUAAAUAAAUUUAUUACAUUAUUACAUGUUGCAAGCGUUUUCUAAUCUUGAGA